UUUGCAAUUGUUCUGUAUAAUUGUUUGUUCAUCUCCUUACACAAACUCACCAUUCUUUCAUAACAACACCACCAUGGGAACCAUUGCUCUAAUUUCCUUUCUCCUCUUACAUCUCAUAACGACCACCAUAUCUGCCACGUCACCAUACAACGCCACAGUCUAUUUCUUGCUCAACUGUGGUGCUCCAACAGCCACCACCGACGAAACUGAUAACCGUCGAUGGGAUACUGAUAACCACUACCCAAAAGUCUUACCUUGGAAUUCUUCAACCAUCUCCACAACAUCCAAACCUUCCGAACAAGACCCUUCAGUCAACAGAGUUCCUUAUAUGACUGGCGCCCGUAUUAUAAAAUCUCCCUUCACCUACACUUUCCCUGUCUCCCCUGGCCCCAAAUUCCUCCGUCUCUAUUUUUACCCCGCCGAUUACCCUGGCUUCGACAAAUCUAAAUCUUUUUUCUCUGUCACUGCUAAUAAUUUUACCCUCUUGAGUAACUUUAGUGCCUUCCUCACAGUCUCUGCAAGUACCGACUCUAGUAAAGCACUUCAAAAAGAAUAUGUCAUCAAUGUUGAUGAAACUCAGUUUUUAAAAAUCACUUUUUCUCCUUCACCAAAUUCUUAUGCUUUUGUUAAUGGGAUUGAGAUACUUUCCAUGCCAACUGAUCUUUACAUCCAUGGAGACGUCAAACUGGCGGGGCAGAUAUCUAAUCCUAAUUAUUACAUUGAUAAUAACACUGUUCUUGAAAAGUUGUACAGGCUUAACGUGGGAGGCCAAUUGGUUGCUAGCACAGAGGAUACAGGGAUGUAUCGUGUAUGGGCUUCAGAUGACGAAUUUGUAGUUGGAUUGGGCUUUCAAACUCCUCAUUUGGAUGUCAACAUCACUUACACUCCUGCAACUCCGGCUUAUGUUGCACCAACCAGUGUUUACACAUCCUCCAGAACCAUGGCCAAUGACAGCCAAAGCCUGGAUUGGAUAUUCCCACUAGAUCCUGGAUUUUACUAUCUUUUCAGGUUCCAUUUCUGUGAGAUACAGCUGGAAGUUACGAAAAUUAAUGAGCGGGUUUUCGACAUAUCCAUUGGAAACCAACUGGCAGAGCGAGCAGCUGAUGUAAUACAGUGGAGUGGUGGCUGGAGAAUCCCGGUUUUCAAAGACUACGUGGUUAAUGUAAACCUAGAUGGAGGACGAAAGAAGAAAGACGUGACACUUAAUUUGCGUCCUAACAAGGAUCUGAAUGAUGUGUAUGAUAAUGCUAUCUUAAAUGGCUUAGAAAUUUUCAGGUUGAGCGACUCAAAUGGAAAUCUAUUCGUGCCAAAUCCUGAAUUGCCCUUAGCAGUUCCUACUAAUUCACCCCCAAACAAAAAAAAAGAGAAAUCAUGGCAUAUCGUUGCUUUUAUCAUUGCAGGUGUUAUUAGUGGAAUUGUUAUGUUUUCAAUUCUGUGUUUCUUCAUUCUCUGCCGACGGAAAAGCAGUGCAAAAGAUACCGGAAGUGUUACGAAGUCAUCAUGGGUCCCUUUAUCAACAACAUCAGAGUCCACACAAAGGACUGGCGGCUCAGUCUCAUCAUCACUACCAUCCGAUUUGUGCCGACACUUUUUACUGGACGAGAUAAAAACUGCAACAGGUAAUUUUGAUGACAAUUUUCUGAUUGGCCAUGGAGGUUUUGGUAAUGUUUACAAAGGGUACAUAGACAACGGUGCAACCAUAGUUGCAGUCAAGAGAUUGAAUCCUUCAUCAAAGCAAGGAGUACGUGAAUUCGAAACAGAGAUUCAUAUGUUAUCAAAGCUAAGGCAUUUGCAUCUGGUGUCCUUAAUUGGUUAUUGUGAUGAUAACACUGAGAUGAUCUUAGUGUAUGACUACAUGGCUCAUGGAACUCUUCGUGAUCACUUGUACAAAACUGAUAAUGUUCCACUUCCAUGGAGGAAACGUCUUGAGAUCUGCAUUGGCGCAGCAAAAGGAUUGUAUUAUCUCCAUACAGGCACAAAGCAUACGAUUAUUCAUCGAGAUGUCAAGUCAACCAACAUUUUAUUGGACGAGAAAUGGGUUGCUAAGGUGUCAGAUUUUGGAUUAUCCAAAAUCGGUCCACUUGGUGGGACAGAAAAAACUCAUGUUAGCACUGCCGUGAAAGGAAGUUUUGGGUACGUUGAUCCUGAAUACUACAAGCGACAACAAUUAACAGAAAAAUCUGAUGUGUAUUCUUUCGGAGUGGUGUUAUUCGAAGUGUUGUGCGGUAGGCCAGCAAUAAUUCCUAACAUGCCAAAAGGGCAAGUGAAUUUGGCUGAUUGGGCUUGUAGGUGCUGUAAAAAGGGAAAUCUUGAGCAGAUAAUUGAUCCAAGUUUGGAAGGACAAAUAGCCCCAGAGUGCUUGAACAAGUUUGCAGAAGUAGCAUAUAGUUGCUUGAGGGAUCAAGGAGUCCAAAGGCCAUCAAUGGGUGAUGUUGUAUGGAGUUUAGAAUUUGCAUUAAAGCUUCAAGACGCGGCAAAUAAUAGAGGUCACGAAGUGGAAGGCAACAGUUACCCGACUAGCCCGUCUUUCCCCUUGAUUCUGAAUGGUCAUACCAAUAUAUCUACAGAUGAAGGAGAGACGUUUUCAUGUUCAUAUGGAGUUGGAGGAAAAUCGACAAGCAGUGGUACAUCCAUGACCAGUAGUGAUGACAAAUUGAAGAGCGACACUAUUUUCUCUGAGAUCAUGAAUCCAUCGGGUAGAUGAGAUUGUUACAACUAGUAUGAUAAGUUACACAUUAGCUCUUCUAUGUUCUCUUUUUUUCCUUUCUUGAAUUUAUGUCUUUAUUAAUGUCGAUGAAUUGUAGCAGAUAUUCAGAAGUAUAUAGCUUAAAAAAAAAGAUUUAUUA